ACUCUUUCCCAAUCCAUGAAAUACACACAGAAACAUGAAGGCUUCACUCUUAGCAUUUUCCAUUCUCUUCAUUGGUGUUGCUGUAGCAGCACCUGAACCAGUGGUUGAUACCUCAGGCCAGAAACUGAGAACAGGUGUGAAGUACUACAUUCUCCCAGUCCUGAGAGGAAAAGGUGGUGGCCUCACUGUUUCAACCAGUGGCAACGACACGUGUCCUCUCUUUGUGGUGCAAGAGAAGCUUGAAGUCUUGAAUGGCACCCCAGUUACUUUCACACCCUACAAUGCCAAAACCGGUGUUAUUCUAACUUCAACCGAUCUCAACAUCAAGUCCUAUGGCACAACCACCUCCUGUGACAAACCCCCUGUGUGGAAGCUCCUCAAGGUGUUAACUGGGGUGUGGUUUUUGAGCACUGGUGGUGUUGAAGGCAAUCCAGGGAUUGACACUGUUGUUAAUUGGUUCAAGAUCGAGAAGGCUGACAAAGAUUAUGUCCUUUCUUUCUGUCCCUCGGUCUGCAAAUGCCAGACUUUGUGUCGGGAACUUGGGUUGUUUAAUGGUGAUGAUGGAAACAAACAUUUGUCUCUCAGUGACCAGGUUCCAUCCUUCAAGGUUAAGUUCAAGAGGGCUUGAUUUUCCGACCAGAAUGAAUAAAACUAGUCAAAUCAGACUAGGUGGUUCUUUUGGGAAAGUCAUGAUUAUAUGAAUAUAAUAAGUAAUAUGCUAUUGUGGAAGUGUAAGCACUCCUUUGGUUCACGUUUUGGUGAUCAAUAAUGCAUAACCCCUUUAUCAUCUUA